CGUAGUUUAUUGGAAACCUAAAAAAGAAGCGAUGUCUGGCAGGAGUGAUAGACUCAGCGUUUUCCCUUCGAGGAUGGCCCUUACUAUAAUGAAGGGACGCCUCAAGGGAGCUCAGAAAGGCCAUAGUUUACUGAAGAAGAAGGCUGAUGCUUUGACCUUGCGGUUCAGGAUGAUAUUGACGAAGAUUAUCGAGACUAAGCAGAAAAUGGGCGAAGUGAUGAAAGAUGCUGCAUUCUCAUUAGCUGAAGCCAAAUUCACCACCGGAGAUUUCAACCAUCUAGUCAUACAGAAUGUGAAUAAAGCACAGAUCAAAGUCCGACAACGGAAGGAUAAUGUCGCUGGCGUCUCCCUGCCCAUCUUUGAACACUACACCGAUGGAAGUGAUAGUUAUGAACUGACUGGUCUAUCCCGAGGCGGCCAGCAGAUCGACAAACUGAAGAAGAACUACAGUAAAGCCGUAGAACUUCUAGUGGAGUUGGCAUCACUACAGACGUCGUUUAUCACUCUAGAUGAAGUUAUCAAAUUAACCAACAGGAGAGUUAAUGCUAUAGAGUAUGUUAUCAUUCCUAGGAUUCAGAGGACUUUAGAAUACAUCACAUCAGAGUUAGACGAAAGAGAGCGAGAGGAAUUCUACAGACUAAAGAAGAUUCAGGAAAAGAAGAAGAUAAUUAAAGAAAAGAAAGAGUUGCUUCGUUUAGCAUUGAAAGCUAAGGGUCUCGAGCCUGAUGAAGCACCUAACUUGAUUGACGAUGAUAGGGACGAGGACCUUCUCUUCAACAACUGACAAAGGUGAUAUGUGAGGUGCUGUGCUGACUAGGGUGGUUGCGGGCAGUCGACGUUGAAUCUGCAAGGUGUUAGAAAAGACGUUGGCAAUUUUUCUUCAUUGUGCUAUACUCUAUGAUAUUUGGUUAAAUGUAUAUAUUGUAUGAAAGAUACACCUCGGAUUGAUAAUUUUGGUAUCUAUGGUAAUGUAAAACGAAAUAGAUGAGAGAAGGAGCAAGCACGUCUGUUCUCGACAAGGUAUGACCUUUUGGUCUCAAUUUACUGGACUGAUUAGUCACCUGGUCCGUGAUACCUAACCUCGUCCCAAGCUAUGGUAAUGUAUUUGAGGAGUGUCAUCGCAAAAUAAUAUAUCUGGUUUUUGCAAUUUUAGAAAGAUGGCUUCGACAAUUGUAGCUUAUCUGAAAGUGCAAUGGAAAUUUUUGAAAAGUUUUAUUUUUUGCCUGAAUUUGGAGGAGAGAUCAGUCAUUGUGUGGGCAAUGAUAUGGUUAACUGUGUUGGAUAUGGUACACAUUGCGUUUUACAAUGAAACUAUUUAGAUUCUCCACUUCUACUCCUUCGAUUUUUUAGGAGACAGUCAAUUUUUAUUGACAAAAUGUAGUGUAAUUUAGGCUGUUGGGUGUCAUUUGAACAAGUGUCGAAAUCCUACCGUUUCCAUGAGUCAACAUGGAGAUAGUUCCUUGCCCAGUGGCAUGUUGUGAUAUUGGUGCAGGGUCGGUCUUUCCGAAGAAAAACUCCAGCAUGUUAAUUGAUUUUCAUCGUCAUUCCAGUAUAAACAUGGCCGCAAGUUGGGUCUUUGCCUUUUGAAUUAUGAAUGGAACGUUACUGUAUCAUCGCUGACAGUGUAUUUCAUCUCAAGGGAUGAGAGUCAUCACCGUUUAUUUCUGAGUUGUAUAAAUGUGUACUCUAGCAGCCAAUGCUUGCAUUUUCAAAAUGAAAAUGUCAACCUACAAAUUUGGCUUAUCGAGUUGCUGAGAAAUCUGUUUCUUCUUAUCCAACUGCAGAGGAAAAGUUGCUUCAUUAUUACCAGCAGGUCGUCCUUGGUUGUCUAAUCAAGACAACUGGAGUAGACUGAAUCCCAAGGAGACGGAAACCAAAGGUAGCAGCCAAGAGUUUUGAACAUUAUUUGAGGUCUACUCCAGCAGUCCUGAUUAGACGAGGAGGAAUAACGGGGAGAGGUGUUAUUUCUAUUUUUCAAGUGCUUGAAGUGAACUUUUGCCAUUACCUAGUGGUUGCGACACCAAGGACCGCUGCGAUCAAAACAAGACUUGGCAUGUUUUCCAUUACAAAGAUUAACCUCCUUUGGCCAAGGCCUUUUAGAAUGUGCAAUCAUUAAUCUUCACUGCAAUCAGUUGAGUGUCUGUCGAAUUCCUCAGCAUACUUCAGCAUUCUGCAAGUAAAGCAAGUUUUAGUGUCCGCCUCCACUAGUCAUUGGUGUUGUACGAUGUUCUGUAUAUUUUGUAUAUAAACUGAGAUCUUAGAAGUCCUCAGUGGGUAGAAUAUUCUCUUUACUGCUAGGGCAUUUGCCUGGUAAUAGUAUGUGUAACGAUUGCCAGUAAAAUGUCUUCAGAAAUGCCCUUGUGGUGAUGUCAACAAUAACGUAAACAAGAUGCUGCCACAUUCUUGAAUAAUGUCAGCUGAUAUCAUUGCACGGAUGGGUAAUGAGCUUCUCCAGCUGUUGAAAAUAAUGUCGGGGUUUCAUGUGCACAACAUGUGUGUUGUAAGGUGUCAUCUUGCAGGUCUUGGGUCUUACGAUUCAAAAUGAUCAUCGAAUCAUCAUUUUCUCCAAAUUACAUUUCAAUGUUGACAACUUCAUAAGAGCCUUUGCAUAUGUGAUGAGACUGACCAAUGUUGUCCUCAAUAGAAAUGUGUUAUUAUAUAAAUUAGAGAGGUUAAAUUUGCUGGAAAUGCUUAAUUCCAGACAAAACAUCAGUCCUUAGUUUAGAGGCUGUCCUGCUUAUAGAAAUGUCAGUAAAGGACAACAAAUUAUGUGAAUAGGAUGGAAAUAUUUAUCAAUAAAUGCAUUGUA